GUGGUUCCAUGAAGGGUUAAAGAGGCGCAGCUAGAGCCGCUGGAGCUCAAAUCAUCCAGCACAGGAGGAGGAAGAGGAGGAGGAAUAACACCUCCAACAUACUCAUCAAGGUGGAUUCAGGCUUCUUUUGGGUGAAUUUGGAUUUAUGAAGAAGAAUUGGACGCUAAACAAAGACGCCCCGGCUCUCGCAGCCUCCAUGGAUGGACGCAACCACAGCGACGCUCUCCGGGUCCGUCUCACUGUGGUGCGCCAUGAAAGGUGUGUGUGGAUGAUCCACUGAGAGGAGGAAAUAUCACCUGACAAGCUCCCUCCUCCCUCCCCACCAGCGCCAGCACCAAGCAGGGGACACAAGCACACACCGUCGCUGCCCGCAUCUUGUCAACGGGAGGCACUGAACGCCUCACAGCUGCGGCGCGUUCUAGGAAGGGCGCAACUUUCUCUUUACAACUCUUACAUCGUCGCUUUUUUUUUUUUUUUUUGGUACCGCGCAGACUGGACCGAGCCGUCAGAGUCUGAAAAAAAAGUGCAGUAAAAGUCUUGCUAAAGUCCCGGGGCCACUGCAUCGAAGAUGCCGGUCCGGAGAGGCCAUGUGGCUCCGCAGAACACCUUCCUGGACACCAUCAUCAGGAAAUUCGACAGUCAAAGUCGCAAGUUCGUCAUUGCCAACGCAAGAGUGGAGAACUGCGCCAUUAUCUUCUGCAACGAUGGCUUCUGUCACAUGUGCGGGUACUCGCGAGCCGAGAUCAUGCAGAAGCCUUGCACUUGUAACUUCCUUUAUGGACCUGACACCAAACGUCUGGCCAUCGCUCAGAUGGCGCAGGCCCUACUGGGGUCAGAGGAGAGGAAAGUGGAGAUCAACCUUUACCGCAAAGAUGGUCAGUGCUUCCUGUGCAUGGUGGAUGUGGUGCCCGUGAAGAACGAAGAUGGCAUGGUGAUCAUGUUCAUCCUCAACUUUGAGGUCAUGACUGAAGAGACACUGCAAGACGACAAACUGGAGCUCAACCACCGCCUGCCAACCUGGCUCGUCACCGGUCGUCCACGAGGCUUCAAGUUGCGUUUUCCCCUGCUGCGCUCCCUCUCCAACAGUAAAGUGUCUCUGGACGACGCAGAGUCUGGUCGGAUCCCCAUUGCGACGCCGCUGCCGCUGCACCCUGACGACGGCUGUCACGAGUCACUAGGCCUCGGGGAGUUCCUGCCCCUCCCUGCUUUGGUGCCAGACCACUCUGAGCCAAUCAGUGGAAGCAGGUCAGCUCUACAAGGUUGGCCAGAAGACCACGUGGCGGACCAUCGCACUUUACUGCACUCUGUGUCUCCCGUGCCCCCCCAAGCGCCUCCCCCUCACCACGUCAUCCAUCUGGUGGGACCCCUCACCCAGUCGUCCCCCUGCGUAGCACCCCACCACCGCCUCAGCCUCAACCAGGACGCCUCUGGCUCGAACUGUUCUUUGUCGCACAGCCGCUCGCGGGAGAGCUUCCACAGCAUGCGGCGCGCCUCCUCUGUCGACGAAAUCGAGGCCAUGAGGCCCGACUGGGACCGGAAAAACCGGAGAGCGAGUACACGGCUGGGAAGCACUGGUGCAGUGAACAGUAAGUCCAACAUACUGAACUCCACGUCAGACUCUGACCUCAUGCGGUACCGUGCCAUCUCCAAAAUUCCUCAGAUCACCCUCAACUUUGUGGAUUUCAAACCAGACCCACUCAUCGCCCUGCCAUCAGGGGAGAUGGACAUCAUAGCACCUUGCAAACUAAUUGACCGCACGCACAACGUAACUGAGAAAGUCACACAGGUUCUGUCUCUGGGCGCCGAUGUGUUGCCGGAAUACAAGCUUCAGGCUCCUCGCAUCCACAGUUGGACAGUAUUGCACUACAGCCCCUUCAAGGCGGUUUGGGAUUGGCUCAUCCUGCUGCUGGUCAUCUACACUGCCAUUCUGACACCGUACUCAGCCGCUUUCCUCCUAAAUGACAUGGAAGAAGCAGCCAUGCAGAGCUGUGGUUACUCGUGUUCUCCUCUCAAUGUGGUGGACCUCAUAGUGGACAUUAUGUUUAUUAUUGACAUCGUCAUCAACUUCAGGACCACGUAUGUCAACUCCAACGAUGAGGUGGUGAGCCACCCGGUGCGUAUCGCCGUGCACUAUUUUAAAGGCUGGUUCCUCAUUGACAUGGUGGCUGCCAUUCCCUUCGACCUUCUCAUUUACCGCAGUGGAGAGGAGACCACCACUCUGAUCGGCCUGCUGAAAACGGCUCGUCUGCUACGACUGGUCCGGGUAGCGAGGAAAUUGGACCGCUACUCAGAAUACGGCGCAGCUGUGCUCUUCCUCCUCAUGUGCACCUUUGCCCUCAUCGCUCACUGGCUGGCCUGCAUCUGGUAUGCCAUCGGUAACGUAGAGAGGAACGGCUCGAUUGGAUGGCUCCACACGCUGGGGGACCAACUGGGAAAACACUUCAAUGAUUCCAUCCCAGGUUCAGGACCUUCCAUCAAAGACAAGUACGUUACAGCUCUGUACUUCACCUUCAGCAGUCUGACCAGUGUGGGUUUUGGAAAUGUCUCCCCCAACACCAACUCGGAGAAGAUCUUCUCCAUCUGUGUCAUGCUUAUAGGAUCUCUAAUGUACGCCAGCAUCUUCGGGAACGUCUCAGCCAUUAUCCAGCGGCUGUACUCUGGGACGGCCCGCUACCACACCCAGAUGCUUCGAGUUCGGGAGUUCAUCCGCUUCCACCAGAUUCCCAACCCCCUCAGGCAGAGGCUGGAGGAGUACUUCCAACACGCCUGGUCCUACACCAACGGCAUCGACAUGAAUGCUGUGUUAAAAGGUUUUCCAGAGUGUCUCCAGGCGGACAUCUGUCUCCAUCUGAACCGGACUUUGCUGCAGAACUGUAAGGCUUUUAAAGGCUCCACCAAGGGCUGCCUCAGGGCGUUGGCCAUGAAGUUCAAGACCACCCACGCACCGCCGGGAGACACGCUUGUCCACGCCGGGGACGUCCUCACUGCGCUCUACUUCAUAUCCAGAGGAUCCAUCGAGAUACUAAGAGGAGAUGUUGUGGUCGCCAUACUAGGAAAGAACGACAUAUUUGGAGAGCCAAUCAACCUGUACGCUCGACCUGGUAAAUCCAAUGCAGAUGUGAGGGCUCUAACCUACUGCGACCUGCACAAAAUAUUCCGAGAAGAUGUUCUGGAGGUGCUGGAUAUGUAUCCUGAAUUUGCAGACCACUUCUGGAACAACCUGGAAAUUACCUUCAAUCUCCGCGAUACCAACAUGAUCCCAGGCUCUCCCAGCAGUGAUGAGUCCAAAUGCGGGGGCUUCAACAAAUUACGCAGACGCAAAUUAUCAUUCCGGCGACGCACAGAGAAGGAUGAUGCAGAUGCCGGCGAAAUUAAAAAGACCCACAAGUCUGUGAAUAGAAGAAGAGAGAGGGAAGCAAUUCACAACCAAAAACGCCAGGAGGCACCUAAGAGGCAGUAUCGGAGUUCAGUGUCUUCGCACUCCAGUGGUGAUGAGGGAGAGGAAUCAGUUGUAACUGGCCUUACUCCUUCAUCUGCAAUGUUGGAGAACCCUCAUGGGCAGGGAACAACCAAAAACUUCUCUGAGAGCACGGAUGUGGAGGGAGAACACAAGACCGGCAACACUUGCAACGCAUUGUCAGGUGCACUCUCAGGUGUGUCCAAUAUCUUCAGUUUCUGGGGGGAGAGUCGAGGGGGUGGUCAGUACCAGGAGGUUCCCAGCUGCAGCCUAGCUUCUCCCCCACCCCUCAGCACACCUUUGCACAGCUUGAGCCGCCAGCAACGCAACCAGCUGGACACACGCCUGGACCUGUUGCAGAAACAACUUAAUAGAUUGGAGAGUCGCAUGUCAGCAGAUAUUGGAGCGAUCAUGCAGUUGCUGCAAAGACAGAUGGCUCUGGUGCCACCUGCCUAUAGUGCUGUAUCAUCACCACCUCAGGCCUCCCCGUCCACUGCUCCAGGUCCUGGAGAGAAACUGGUUCCGCCUGGUACACCACUUGAGACAAACACCCUGGCCUCUCUAUCACAGAUAUUGGAUUCUCAGGAUUUUGAAGAAUUUCCAGCCAAGUCACUUGAAUCUCUAGAGCCACAGGACUCACCUUUGAUAAACACCAACCAGAACCAGAUCUCUUCCUCUGGACUGGACAACUUAGGACAACAUUUGGAGCUUGAGCUUGGACUAGGAACUGGGGGUUCAGCUAUUUCAGGACCAGCAGUAGGUGUAGAUUUAGAUUAUAGUGCAGGAUUGGGUUCACAAUCUGGAAUGGGCCCUAGCUUUAGAACAGGGUUGGGAUUUAGUUCAAGUUUGUGUACCGGGGCUGGGGUUGAGCAAACAGGUGGAGCGGGGCUAUCUUCCCAGGAGUCUAUGACUCAAAGGAGGCUGUCUCUUCAGGAGUCACAAACACCUCUGGACUCACGGACACCACAGAGACACAGCUCUGACCCAGGAGAGAGCUAAGGAACCGGUGAUGAACAGAAAACGGGAAGGAUCUAUGGCGACAGGGAAUGAAGGAGUUGUUGUAUCCUACUGGAGCCUCAUGGAACUUUUGAGAGUGUUAUCACCAACGACUCCCACUCCCUCCUUAUGCCCUCAAUUGCAAGGAUCGUUCGGUAAACCUCUGGGUAAAGUAGGGUUAAUGCCUCUGUCAUUUUUCCUCUUCCAUGAUUCUUCCCUUUUGAAGAGCUUUCAUAACUCUCCAACAGUAAAACCUUUAAUCAACAACCCAAAUGGAGCAGAGAGGAGCUCUGACACGCGACCCAAAUGGAGCUUGAGAGUGACAUCAUUUUACACUAUCAAAUGACUGCAAUCCUAUAGGAGUAUCUCGACCUUAGGAGUAUCCCUUUACUGCUGAAUCCAGUCUUGGAUGACUUAUUGAGGACAGGCAAAGACAAAAGCAGCAGACAGAAUACUAAUGGAAUGAAACAAGUAGCCAUCAUGUCUUGCACUGAAAACAAUUAUUCUACUCUAUGUGUCAGUGGCGCUUCCGAAAACUCACUGGUUGGUAAAAAUUUGGUGUUAGCUGGCCUAACAGGAAACCUGCUGUCUCCUUUCUGUCAUCGGUUCCUUGACCCUGAUGUCCCGCGCCAAGAGGUGGAGAUAAUGCCCCAACCCCUGCGCUUCCCAAGAGCACACUUGACUGGCUGGUUGGUGUGCACUUCAGGGGUGGGAACUGGAGGGUUAUAAAGCCAUGCAUUUUCUUGAUGAACAUAUCAGUUGCCCUACCUGAACAAUUGUGGAGAUUUUGCUAGUUGGUGACAAACACACGGCAAGCCUAGGCAGCGUCACAGACACCUGGCAAAACAAAAUACGUAAACAAACAUGGCAUCCCAGUUUUUUAACUCUGUAGGCUUCGAGUUUGUUGAGUUCAUUGUUGAAUUUGCUACCUCAGAUUUCACUGGUCCAUUGUUUUUGUUUUUCACCUUAGCACCCAGAAUGCUUUAUCUUGUACAUAGCAAUCAUCAUAUACUGUACGUAAAUAUACAAGUUUACGACAAGAAGAAUGCGCCAUGAAUCUAUAUACAGUACUAUAUGCACUGGCAAGAAGACAUGAGUGAGCGUGCUUUCAUUUUAUUCAUAUUAUUAUGUUCUUUUAUGUGUGUGUUUGUAUUCUCAUUUUUGUUUUUUAGUUUGCAGAUCAUGGCUCAGUACGUCUGCUCCACCGCCUGUAUAUGGUCACUGGACUCAUUUUUUCAAGGCAAAUACGUUUUCUGGUUUUAGAGGCAGUUUUUGUGUGUGUGUGUGUGUGUGUGUGUAGAUCGAGACAGCACAUGUAAAAUCCCUUUAACGGGAAGUUCAAAUCUGAGUCUGCCCAAGACUUUUCAGUACAACCGUAUAAUGUCCCAGAAUUUGCAGUUUUCUCACACAAGCAUCGUUUCCUUGCCUUAAACAUGCUAACAUAUGCCGGUAUGCCGAUUCUCGGACACACAGGGUGACCGCAAUGCCACUUCACAAAUACGGUGAAAGAAAAAUCCAAUGUAUGUGCAAAAGCGGACGCUUGCUGCAAAAAGCACACUGUAAAUUCAUUCAAAUUCAGCACUGACUCAGUUCUGACUAGGGGUGUAACGGUACCUCCUCGGUUUAAAGUUCAUGGUUCGGUUCAAUUCAGUACCGGGUUCGCUUUUGUUUUAACAGCUCUGUUAACACAAAAAUCUGAGGCCAUGGUUCUCAGAUGGAGAAGGGUGAAUUACACUCUUCGGGUUUGGAGUGAGGUAUUGCCCCAGGUGGAGUUCAAGUAUCUCGGGGUCUUGUUCACGAGUGAGGGAAGCCUGGAGCGUGCGAUCGACAGGCAAAUCGGCGCAGCCAGACAGAGCCAGAAGGCGAAGCUCUCAAUUUACCGGUCGAUCUACGUUCCCACCCUCACUUAUUGUCAUGAGGAGGCCCUGAGGGCAGAUUUAGGACAUGCUGGAGGGAUUAUGUCUCACAGCUGGCCUGGGAACACCUCUAUGUCUCCACCGGUGGAACUGGAAAAGGUGGCUGUAGACCAGGAAGUCUGGACUUCCUUACUGAGACUGCUUCCCCCGCGACCCAGACUCGGAUAAGCGGAAGAAAACGGAUGGAUGGAGAUACAGUAGCUCGCCGCAGAGAUUCAUGGAGGUUACAUUCUAAGGCCACCUGCGAAUGGCGAAAAUCUGCGAGUAACUGAGACCCCCCCUUCCCGACUACUCACCACUAAUGAAUGAUAAUGUAAGAUGACCGACGAACAGAUGGAAUUGGUGUCAUGGUGUAGAAGUCUUAUAUACAUAAGUUUCACUUGUGCAUCUCACAGCAACAGCAAACAUCAGUGAAGCAUAAAGACAAAUAUGUAAACAUUGUAAGCUUUUCAACAGUGGUACGUGUAUGCUGUACAUUCUACCGGUAUUACCAUGUAUUUAUAAAUUCUUACUGAAUUAGGGUGAAUGAGAUGUGACUUCUGAAGAAAAACGGCGUAUUUUCAGAGAAAAAAUGUAAACAUUUUGACCAGAAAUUUGUGAAUGCUGAAUCGUGAAUGUGCGGGGGAUCCACUGUGGAUGUACCGUUACACCCCUAUUAACAAUAAUAAUAAUAAUAAUGAUAAUCAUAGAAGGAAUCGAAUCAGAGUGAAAUAGGUUCCCAAUUUCAUCAAUCUGCUUUCAUUACAACUGAAAAAUGUCACUGCCGUUAUAUGUGUGUAAAAGUGACACGUGAAUUUUCAGUGUCAGUGCUGUUGUCAUAAAAAAUACCAACAUGCACUACAUCAAAUAAUAAAAAAUAUUAUGGGGUUCAAAAAGUGAUAUAGUAGGUUAGUGAUUAAUCGGAAAUAUAAGUAAAUAAUGAUGUUUUUGUUUUUGUUUUUUCCAUCCACACACCACCCCAAUGCUCCUCCAAUGCUUUGUCUUCCCAAAAAUGUUGUGCAUGAAGUAAUGAGCCUCUAGUGCAAUAGUCCUUUAAACACAUUUGUAGCAGCCCAAACACUUCCUUCCAUUCAUGUUUUAGCACUUUAGAUUUUAAUCAGUGCAGAUGUUUUUUAAAGACUCAGGAAUGUGUCCUUUGGUUCAUUUUUCUUUGUCUGACAACUCAACCGAUUCAUGAAAAUAGAGUCAACAAACUGGUGUAAUUCCCCUUUAAUUAUUGUAGUUUUAAAGAUUGUAUCCUGCUGCUUGCUGGUCGAAGCUUUUGUUUAUUUAUUUGGUUGUUUAAUUGUUAUUUCUCAGUGGAUUAUUUCAUUGUUUUUGUUUUCAAUGUGUAAUCAUGUUUCUUCUUGAGUUAAUGAUUUUAUGUGAUUAACCUAGCUCAGGGGUGUCCAAAGUGCGGCCUGGAAGCCAUUUUCGGCCCACAGGUAUGUUUUAUGAGCCCUCUGCCUGUUGUAAUAAUAAAAAAAAUCAUUAUUAAAGAUAGUGUUUCCCAUACGUUCAUUUAUAUGUGGCGGCCCACCACAUUUAAGCUAAAACCAGGCUCCCAAACCACUGGUAUUGCACAGCUAAGCAUCCGUUACAUGUGCAGGCCCUCUGUGGAAAAAUUUGGACACCCCUGACCUAGCUGAUGCUCAUGCAACACUCUCAAAGUCAAUAUUUAGAGAUUAAGUGAGCAACAUUAUUAAUGCGGAGAUCAGUUUGAACUGCUGAAAACGCUACUUUAUUGUGAUCACGUUUUCAUUCAUGUCAGUUCAAAGUCAUGCUUUCUACACGUGCACUUUAGUCGUGAACCAAAGCAAGCGUAGUGAACGACGUAUAUUUUCAUCUCAGGUGUGAUUCAAAACUUCUAAAGAAAUGAGAAGUUGUUUGGGUUUAAGAUGAAGUCUUGACCAGUGGCGUAGUUUGGGUUGCUAAUCUGACAACAUUACAAUUUUAAAGCUAAAAGCCCAAUAGCGAUAUUUUACUAGCUUGUUUUAUAUUAAUUCAUUUACGAAAUAUAGUAAAAACAGUUGAAUUUAAAUAUUCAACACCCUAUUAAAGCAUGACAGCUGUUAAAUGGGUUUAAAAUGGACUUUAAUAUAAAAAAAAAAGCUUUUGCAAAUUAGCUAGCUUACCUGAUACACAGCCAUUCUGGGGAAGCCAUUUCCUGGGAUAGUCACAUAAAAGUCACAUGACCACCACUGAAGCUGGUUUUUAGCGUGGUUUAUAUGAAUUCAUUAGGAAAUGUAGUAAUACAAGUUUAAUUGUAAUAUCAGUAAUCAAGCAUUAGAAUUGUUAAAUUUGUUUAAAGUGACCUUUAAUAGAAAAAAAAUAAGCUUUUGAAAAUGAGCUAGCGCACCUGAAACACGGCCAUUUUGGGGAAGCCAUUUCCUAGAGACAUAACUGUCACAUGACAACCCCUAAAACUGGUUUGUAGCUUGUUUUAAAUAAUUGUGACAUUUGUCAUCCCAUUAAAGCAUUACAAUUGCUUUAAAAUAUAUAUUUAAUGGCAAAAAAUAAUGAUUUGGAAAUUAGCUACCUUACCUGACACAGCCAUUUUGGGGAGAGCAUAGCCUGAAUGUCACAUGACAACCACUAAAACUGGUUUGCCGCUUGUUUUAUAUGAAUUCAUUCAUCAAAUAUAGUAAUACAAGUUUAACUGUAACAUUUAUCACCUUAUUAAAUGAUUAGAAAUUUUAAAUUAAUUUAAAAUAAUCUUCAACGGUAAAAAAAUAAGCUUUUGGAAGUGAGCUAGCUAGCUUAGCUGACACAGCCAUUCUGGGGAAAGCAGAGCCUGGGAUAGUCACAUAACUGUCACAUGACAUCCACUCCAAAAUGUUUCCUAGACAUCACUUUGGGACUAAAUGAGUCCAGGUCAAGCACAAAGCUGCAUAGAACAUAUUUUAGCACAUUUAAUGUGCUCUUUUGAGUUAAACGUGUGUGCCUUGAUUCGUGUCGACCACAGACUACGCCAUCGGUCUUGAGCGUUUUUACAUUGAGGUGAAAAUAUAUGUCAUCAGCAUGUUUGUAAAAUUCUUACAAAGGUCAAGUUAGUUCUAGUGAGAAGUGCUUAUGACAUUUGAUUCAUUUUCUCAUCAGCAGCUUGUGUAAAAAUGUGAACAUUCUAACAAGACUAGGCGACACCAACCAAAAGUAGUUCCUCUUUUAGCCGCUAUUAUAUUCUAUUUGGCUUAUUUAUGAUGCCUUGCCCCAAGAAAAGCACAGAGAUGCUUUCAUAUACUGAGAAUCAUUUAUUAAGUAUGUGUUGUGUGUCUGACACGUCCCAAACCAACAUUAAACAGCCAGUACAUCUUGUUAUUUUUUUGUUUUUUACAAGUUAGUGCGGGUCUUGUUAGACGUUGGGCUCUCCUUGCCAUGUCAUGUACUGUAGCGAGUGUUUAUUUGACUUUAUUUAUGUACAACACGUCACCUAGUGGCCUGAACUGUAAACUUUACAUUCAGAACUAUGACCUCAAAUCUAGAAUGUGGUUAUUCUCUUCUUCUAUAAGACCUUGUAUGUGUAGGUAGACCUCCUUUGUGUACAAUUCAAUGCUAGAGAAUUAGUUGAUGUAAUGCAUACUGCAUAUUAUGCCACUACAGGGCGCCCCGAUUGGGACUGGGAACUGUAAUUAAGCCUGGAUUAUGCUUCUGUAGUCACCACUAAGGAUGGGCAACACUGCAAUUUUUUGUAUUAAUCCGAUCCCAAGCAAGUGCAGGACCAGUAUCGCUGAUACCAAUACUGAUACCGAUGACAUUUUUGACGAUAAUUGAAUUAUUUUGAAUAAACGGGCAAAAAAUAUAAAAAGUAUAUAGUAGCUCAGACCACUCAUGAUUGGUGGAAACCAUAAAAAAAAAUCUAAAUAUAUAUAUUUAAAAGUAUUUCAAUACUUUUAAUGGUUUUCUGCCAUUCUUUGAUACAUUAUUCUAUUGUUAUUAUUAUAUACCAUUCGUGGGUGGUUAUUUAUUAUAAUAAAAACAAUAAUUCUAAUUAAAAAAAAUAUAUAUACACAUUAUUGAAUGUCUAUUUUGACACUCUAAAACAAGCUAAGAGGAGAUCAUCAAAGCAAACACAUCCCUCACUCACGGUGCAACCAAAAACAACAAACAGGUAACGUUGUGGAACCUGAGACGCAAAACGUAAUCACACAAAACAGACCACAUGUGCAUAUAAAAAUAAACACACACUAAUGCACAUGCAAAAAACGAAACUAUUUUACUCAAAUGUAUAACCCGCAAAGCAUGCUGGGUAACUUCCUGCUGGGGGAGUGUGUGCGUGGGGGUUCCCAGCAUGCCUUGCGGGUUAUAAGUUAACAUAUUAUGGUAUUGUUUUGCAUGUACCGUAUUUUCCGGACUACAAGUCGCUCCGGAGUAUAAGUUGCACCAGCUAAAAAUGCACAACGAAGAAGAAAAAACACAUGUAAAUCGCACUGGACUAUAAGUCGCAUUUUUGGGGGGGAAAUGUAUUUCAUAAAAUCAGAGACCAAGAACAGACAUUUCAUCUUGAACGGCAAUAAAAAUGGAGAACAACAGGCUAAAUAGGCGUCUGUUAACGUAACGUGAAUAGGUGGAAUGUUAACGUAACAUAUGAACAGUUAUUAACGUAACUAACGUAACUAGUUUAUUUGCAGCUUGUAAUCUGCAGAAUAUGGUUUUCUUUUUGGGGGGCAUUUGUCUUCCAUCUUUCUCAGUUGUCUUUAUAAAUUGAUGUUUAUAUUGUAAAAAUGAUAGGAGUAACAGAUACUGGCACACAAGCCUAGAGCGCCCUCUUGUGGCUGUCAGUAUGGAAAAAAAAAACAUACAGGGUGGGCCAAUAAAAUGUUACCACUUUUUGAUCGUUAAUUUUUUAAAUGAAAACUUAUUCAAAAAAUGUAAUUGCAGAUUUGUAACAGAAACAUCAAAUUAACAUGUGAUACCAAAUGUUUCCCACUUCGUCUCUUGUUUUUUUACACAGUUCAAUAAUUGAUGACAUGUUCAACCCACGCUCGUCUUUCGUGGAUUACAGCUGCGACACGCGCAUUGGAAUUUGUGAUGACAUUGCCACACAUCUCAAGAGGGAUUCUCCGAAUUUCCUGACGGAUGUUAGUCUUCUGGGCCUCAAUGGUCUGUGGGUUGUUGCAGUACACGCUCUCCUUCAGGUAUUGUAUUGACUGAAUGUGUGGCAAUGUCAUCACAAACUUCAGUGUACGUGUCGCAGCUGUAAUCUACAGAAGGGGAGCGUGGAUUGAACACGUCAUCAAUUAUUCAACUGUGUAGAAAACAAAAGACAAAGUGGGAAACCUUUGGCGUCAAAUGUUAAUUUGAUGUUUCUGUUACAAAUCUGUAAAUACAAUAAGUUCUGAUUUCAAAAAGUUGUAGAUGAUUAAAAAGUGGUAACAUUUUAUUGGCCCACCCUGUAUACAAGUCGCUCUGGAGUAUAAGUCACAGGACCAGCCAAACCACGAAAAAAAGUGUGAUUUAUAGUCUGGAAAAUAUGGUAUAUUAGUGUGGAAGCGUCAAUACCCAUAUCAUCCGUGUGUUGUGUUGUUAUUUUUGGUUGCACCGUGAGUGAAUAGUGAAAGUAAACACGGAAUAAAAUAGAAUAGAACCCGUCUCUUCAUGCUAGUAUGGAUCUGAUACUGAUACUACCUUCAAUACUAUCAAUACUUGGAUCAAUCCACCCACCCCUAGCAUAAGCCAGGCUUAAUUAUUGCAGGGUUUAAAGAGAUUUCGGAGUGUUUUAAUUGAAAUAGACAAAUACACACACUUUAAACGCUUGCACUCUUCCAGACACUUCCUCGCUAGCUCUUCCAUACUUUUUGUUCAGCUUUCCAUAGGAGUUCCAAGUAUUUGUAGAUAUUUUCAGCACUUGGGGUUUACACAAUACUGGAUCUACUCCAUCACUGUUUUGUGUGUACAUACCAACUUGUACUACUUGUAAAGGUAUCGAACUUUGGCACUCGUAUAGCCAGCACUAUGCAGAAACUGAAACAUUUCUUUGGCAUGCUUUGAAAUGCAGAACACUAUAGAGGAAAAUAUACUACGUGAAUAAAGUUUGCCCUUCAUUUCUUAUGAGAAAACUCGCCCUGUUGAGGGAAAAAAAAUGGUGGAUGAGGAAGUGAGGGGAUGACGAACUAGACUUUUACUAUUGUGCACAUUUUUACUUGCAUGCUGCACUGAAAAUCUCGCAGAAAUGAAACGAUUUGAUGUGCAAAACAGCCGACUUUUGCUGUAUGCUUGCAAACUGUGUGUAGAGUGGAACAUGGAAAUCUUCCCACCUACGGGGGAGUCGUAUUUAUAUAUACAUAUUUACAUCACACUUCCAGAGCAUGGAAGAAAGGGAUACGGACUAGCUGCAAACGUAGUGAUAUUAGAUGAUACGAUAUCAUUGUUUAUUUGUACCUUUGGAUGCAAAGCACCAUAAUGGAGUCAUGCUCGACUGUUCCCCAAGUAUUUUACCAGCACUUGAUUGAGGAAGUUAAAUCAAGUGCACUUCAGUUAUGACAAAACCAGGGGAUGUGUCUCAAAUGGAAUACUUCCGUCAGUACACUUAAAUAACAAUAUUGUGUACUUACUGUAGCUCCUGAGUGCACAACUGGCGACAGUCGGCGGUUUGACCCUCGCUCCUUCCGCCCAGUCACCCUCGGCUGGAUGGAUGCGAAUGGUGGUGGUCAGAGAGGCCGUCUGCGCCAAUUGGGAGCCACGUUUCCAUCACACUACCCCAGGGAAGCUGUGUCUACAGAUGUAGUUUACCACCACCAGUGUGUGACUGAGGAGUGAAUGAAAAGCGCUAUAAAAUCGAAUCCAUGAUUAUUAUUAUUUACUUCUUCUCCUGUACACUACUUUCCACCACUAAGGGUUGCUCCCCUUUAAUGUAGUCCCUCCCGUUCCGCUACAACUAUAUAUUAACAACUUGUAAGCGUCCAGGACUGCGCGCUCACCAUUUUGGCCUGGUUGAGUGCAACACUGACAGUGCACUGCUUUCCACAGUGCUUGUCAGUGUGUCUGAACACAAUCAAGUGUAAGUACGCAAGUGCGCCAAUUGAGACACAGCCCCGCUUUUUCCACACAGCUGAGGGAUUCAACCUUUAAGAAUGUCUAUUUGAUUUGUGUUUGCCCGUGCAUUUGCAGUUCAAAUUUGGCCGAAAGUUGUGUGACGUUCCAAUUACAAACGACAAAAAAACAUGUUUUUAAAAUGUAUAAUAAUGUAUAUUCAGUGGCGGUCCCUAGAAUACAGAAGCGAUUCCAAUGAUGAACUCGCUAAUGGAGAAAUGCAAAGAUCGUUAUUCUUAAUUCAUAUCAUAUUUUUGGAAAGACUUAAGGGGGGAAUGGUGCAGCUCCAGGUUCUGAUUGUGUGAUAGCAUUAUCAAUGGUUGAACUUUAUACAAUUUCAGAAAAAUAUUUAUUUCAAUAAACA